AUGCGCUGCCAGCCCCAGCCGGCGGCUGUGCACAUGAAUGCGGCAGUCGGCCUUGCCGGCGGCUGCGGCUCCACGGCCACCAAACUCCGGUCCAGGUUGCACAUCGAGCUGCCCAGCGUUUUCGAAGCGUCGGUGCUCAUCAUGUCAAAGUUGGGCACAAGAAUGGCCAUGUUCAGCAUUGGUAAGAAUUUUUCUCCCUUAGAUCUUGAUUCCCUGAUGGAGUUCUUAUAUGAUCCAGUGGCUGUGGUGGCCGCGUGGGUGUGCUGCAGGGGACAAGGGAUGAAGUCAUGCCCAUUGCCACGGGGCUCAGUGGGAGGAGAUGUAGGCGAGCUCUAG